AGUUUUAGCUUAAAGUCUUGUUCUCUCUUUGUGCAAGCAAACUCUUCACCAGAGAAUUGAGCAAAAGGGAACUCUCCGAAGGAUCGCUUAGGCACCCAUGGAAGGAGAAGGAGUACAGACCCAGCACCUGAUUUUAGCAAAAAACAUCUCUCUGCUUACCAACUCGGAUGUUGACGACCUGCAGAAAGUUCGCCUCCGGGAUGAGGUGUACAAUGUCGUCGUCUCCAAUGAUAUGGCUCCCUUAUACCAAACCCUAGUCUCGAAGUGCGUACUGACUUUGGAUCCAAAGGUUCUUAAUUCUAUGCGGGAUAGGAUUGACGAGGAGCUCAAAAAGCUUGAUGAAAAGAUUGCUGAUGCAGAAGAAAAUUUAGGAGAAAGUGAAGUCAGAGAGGCUCACCUGGCAAAAUCUCUGUUUUACAUUCGCAUAGGUGAUAAGGAUAAAGCUUUGGAGCAGCUCAAGGUGACCGAGAGCAAAACUGUUGCUGUUGGGCAGAAAAUGGACCUGGGAUUUUAUACACUCCAGAUGGGUUUCUUUGACAUGGACUUUGACCUAAUAUCAAAAAGCAUUGAUAGAGCAAAGAACCUAUUUGAAGAAGGGGGUGAUUGGGAAAGAAAGAACCGGUUGAAGGUCUAUGAAGGACUUUUCUGCAUGUCAACCCGCAACUUCAAAAAAGCAGCUAACCUUUUCCUUGAUUCUAUCUCAACGUUUACAACCUAUGAGCUUUUCCCUUAUGAUACAUUCAUAUUCUAUACUGUUCUCACAAGCAUCAUUACAUUGGAUCGUGUUUCCCUGAAGCAGAAGGUAGUAGAUGCACCAGAGAUCUUGACAGUUAUUGGCAAGAUCCCUUAUCUCUCUGAGUUUUUGAACUCUUUAUAUGAUUGUCAGUACAAGGAAUUCUUCUCUGCAUUCUGGUUAGUUUUAGGUAGGUUCGAAUUAAGAAGGGCUACUGUGGGUGUUAGUGGUAAGGGUUUGAAGGUCCUAUUGUGGACUAUCUGGCAUGAAAUGGUGAUGGGGAAUGCUGAACAAAGGAAAAGAAGCCUAACAAGAGAUAGCUCGUGCCCUUUUUGUAGCGGUCACGAGGAGACCAUUUCUCACAUAUUCAGAGCGUGCCGAAAAGCAAGGCAAAUCUGGAACAUUGUUGAUGAUAAGAGACAGAAGAUUAGGAGAUGGAUUGGUCACACCGAGAUGAGGAGAUGGAUUGGUGACAGCCUAAAGAGACAGAAGAACAGGCACACUGAAAAUAACUGGGCUGCAACCUUUGCCAUCACCUGUUGGUGGAUUUGGAGGUGAUGAAACAACGUUGCCUUUUGGUGGUGAAGACGUUGACAUCCUACGCAAAUUGGAAUGGAUAAAGGAAUCAUCCAAAUAGAUUACUGGUUCCUUA